GAAAAGUGCUCGCACGCCAAGGUUGCGAAUGCGUGUCUGCUACGCAAAGUACAGUUGCUUGAAGAUCAAUUUUGUGCUGCUGAGCUGGAUGUGAUUGCGGCGCAAGAGGGCCGCGCGGACAUGUCAGUCAGCAAAGAAGGCACGUUGUACACCAUGAUGUGCGCCGCUGCCUGUGAGGGCGGAUCCUGUGGUGUGCAGAUUUGGGCACGGCAUGGGCUCACAGUCAAGACGCGGGAGGCGCCCUCCGCGCGUUUCAUGUUUGCCUUCCUGUCGAAGAAGGGCAUCGACUUCGGUAUCGUUUCCGCCCGUGCCCGCAUCGAUUUCAUUUUUGUUCCUGUGGAGCUGUUUGCUGAUGCUGAGUUCUGUUGCCCAGACUAUUCCCCCGACUUGACCAUGAAUGCUUGGGCUGACCACAACGCUGUAGUUAUGGCUACCAAGGUUUGGCCAAUGCCGUCGGCGACGCGCCCCACUCCCCCGUUCAGACUCACCAAACUUCACCUCAUGGAGCCGCAUCGAGUGAGCCUUUUCCAGCAGCUGAUGUGGCUCUUCCCGCGCAUCGACGGAGGCAUGCACAUCGAUGACCACCCCGAGCUGCUGAACACGUACGUGCGCUGGGCAGGCCGCUUUGUCUUCGGUGACCCGAAGAGGCAGCCUCGACAGAGGUGGAUCAGUGCGCAGGUGCGGGAGUUCAUCCAGCAC